CAGUUCCGGCACCCGGUUUGUUGUCGGAAAGCUUUGUGGUCUUGGCGAGCCCUCGGGGGUGAUCUGUGGGGUCUGGUGAGGGCGGGGAUUUCCCGAGGCCCGCUACUGCAGACAUGGCGGCCUCCACCGCGGCUGGGAAACAGCGCAUUCCCAAAGUGGCUAAGGUAAAAAACAAAGCCCCGGCUGAAGUACAGAUAACUGCUGAACAACUCUUACGAGAAGCUAAAGAAAGAGAACUUGAGCUUCUUCCACCUCCACCUCAACAGAAGAUCACAGAUGAAGAAGAAUUAAAUGAUUACAAACUAAGGAAAAGGAAGACUUUUGAAGAUAACAUAAGAAAAAACAGGACAGUGAUUAGUAAUUGGAUAAAAUACGCACAAUGGGAAGAAAGUCUAAAGGAGAUUCAAAGGGCACGAUCCAUAUACGAGCGUGCUUUAGAUGUAGACUAUCGAAACAUUACACUCUGGUUGAAAUAUGCAGAAAUGGAAAUGAAGAAUCGCCAGGUCAACCAUGCCCGUAAUAUCUGGGACCGUGCCAUCACAACUCUGCCACGAGUCAACCAAUUCUGGUACAAGUACACAUACAUGGAGGAGAUGUUGGGGAACAUUGCUGGCGCUCGACAGGUGUUUGAGCGCUGGAUGGAAUGGCAGCCUGAGGAGCAAGCCUGGCACUCCUACAUCAACUUUGAGCUAAGAUACAAAGAGGUGGAACGGGCCCGCACCAUUUAUGAACGAUUCGUCCUUGUGCACCCUGAUGUGAAGAACUGGAUCAAGUAUGCCCGCUUUGAAGAGAAACAUGCUUAUUUUGCCCAUGCACGCAAAGUGUAUGAGAGAGCUGUGGAAUUCUUUGGAGAUGAACAUAUGGAUGAACACCUUUAUGUUGCCUUUGCCAAAUUUGAGGAAAAUCAGAAAGAAUUUGAAAGGGUGCGAGUCAUCUACAAGUAUGCCCUGGAUAGAAUUCCAAAACACGAGGCCCAAGAUCUCUUUAAAAAUUAUACCAUCUUUGAGAAGAAAUUUGGUGAUCGGCGGGGUAUUGAAGACAUCAUCGUGAGCAAACGGAGAUUCCAGUAUGAAGAAGAAGUGAAGGCUAAUCCACACAAUUAUGAUGCAUGGUUUGAUUAUUUGCGCUUGGUGGAAAGUGAUGCAGAAGCUGAAACUGUGCGUGAGGUCUAUGAGAGAGCCAUUGCCAAUGUCCCACCCAUUCAGGAGAAGAGGCACUGGAAGCGCUACAUAUAUCUUUGGAUCAACUAUGCACUCUAUGAAGAAUUGGAGGCAAAGGAUCCUGAAAGGACAAGACAGGUAUAUCAAGCCUCUUUGGAACUAAUUCCUCACAAAAAGUUCACGUUUGCCAAAAUGUGGUUAUAUUAUGCGCAAUUUGAAAUAAGACAGAAAAAUUUACCAUUUGCCAGACGAGCUUUGGGAACUUCCAUAGGCAAAUGUCCAAAGAACAAGUUAUUUAAAGGUUACAUAGAAUUGGAACUGCAGCUUCGAGAAUUUGACAGAUGCCGGAAGCUUUAUGAAAAGUUUCUGGAAUUUGGGCCAGAAAAUUGUACCUCCUGGAUUAAAUUUGCAGAAUUAGAGACAAUCCUUGGUGAUAUUGAAAGAGCCCGGGCCAUUUAUGAGUUAGCCAUCAGCCAACCACGCUUAGACAUGCCAGAGGUGCUUUGGAAAUCAUAUAUUGAUUUUGAAAUUGAACAGGAAGAAACUGAAAGAACAAGAAAUCUUUAUCGACAGUUGCUUCAGCGAACACAACACGUCAAGGUAUGGAUCAGUUUUGCUCAGUUUGAGUUGUCUUCAGGGAAAGAAGGAAGUGUGGCUAAAUGCAGACAGAUUUAUGAAGAGGCUAACAAGACCAUGCGAAACUGUGAAGAAAAGGAAGAGAGACUUAUGCUGCUGGAAUCGUGGCGUAACUUUGAAGAUGAAUUUGGAACAGCAUCAGAUAAGGAGAGAGUAGACAAACUCAUGCCAGAAAAAGUCAAGAAAAGAAGAAAGGUCCAGGCUGAUGAUGGGUCUGAUGCAGGCUGGGAAGAAUACUAUGAUUACAUCUUUCCAGAAGAUGCUGCCAACCAACCCAACCUCAAGCUCCUGGCCAUGGCCAAACUUUGGAAGAAACAGCAACAGGAAAAGGAGGCUGCCGAGCAAGAUCCAGAUAAGGACCUGGAUGAGAGUGAAUCCUGACCUUCUCUUCUUAUUGAGAAAUGUUUUAUUAUUUUUAUAAAUUAAUAGUUUGGAACUCUUGUGACUCCUCGAAGUUUUUAUAUUCACCAGCAAGGAAUCAUUUGGGAUCUUUGACAGCUACUUUUUGAAUAAUUUUUUAAAUGUUCUGGGUUAGGUAGGGAUGAGGAAUUGCAAGUAAAGGCAUUUUUUAAAUGCUGGAUUUCUUCACCUGACUCCAAACUUUCCUAAUGUUUGUCCAUAUCAUGCAUUAGGAAAUGUAAUUGAGGUUAUGUUUAGCAUCUAUUUUAGAUGGACCUGCAGACUUUUGAAUUGUUUUUUAAAAGGUUUUCAGGUUGCAUUCUGCAGUAAUUUUUCAGGUGUGGUUUUCUUAUGUUAUACAUUCAUGAAACCUGUAACUUUUUACUAUCCUCAAAGUCAUAGUCUUGAGUUCAGUCCCCACUGUCACUUAACCUUUAUUAUCCGUUUCUUCACUCAUAAAAUAAGCCAGUUCUUUGACAGCACAUUUCAAGAGUACAUUAGAAAAAGAAUAUACUUGGUGUUCAAUAAAAUGUUUGUUCUCUGCCACUCUCUUAAAUAUGUUCAAUUCCUUGUAGAAUGGGAUGUGCAUAAAUUAAUAUCAAAACAUCGUUACCUUCUCAAUAGUGGCCACUUACACCAAGUGCUAUUAAAAACACUGGAAAGUCACUUACAGUGACUAUUUCUUAAGUCUUUUUUACUAAUAACAUUUUAGUUUCAGUUACACUGUAAUUAGUUUCUCAAACUGGUUAAGCUUUGUAGUUGACCUUUGACUUGUUUAUAAAAUGUGCUGUGACAAAUGAUGUCCCCUGUUCAAGUAAGUUUGGGAAACCCUCAGAUUAAAGCUUAAACUGUUAAUGGUUAAUUGAGUCUCUAUAGUUAAGACUUCUUGGAGCCUUUGGUAUGCUGUUGUACAUUAUGAAUCUUCAUAGUGAUGCUGUCCUAUGGUUUCCCAAAUUUAGUGAACAAUGGAAUUAUUUCUAUCUAGAAUAUCAUCUGUGUGCUACAGUACAAAAAAACAUUUACUAAUAACACCCAAAAUGUUAAACUUACCCUGGGUUUAGAACAAUGUAAAAACACUGAAGGUACCAUAUGCUAAAUAGUGAAAGCUUAAAGUAGCACAAGAAUAACAUUUGCUCGUGUUUUACUUAUAUUCUCAAGCAGAAAAAUGGAUCAGUUUCAUUUAACUUAGUGUUUUUCAAGCAUUUUUUUGUUUUGCUUUGUUUACUCUGCAAGCAUUAAAAUAUUUUCAAGUCUGUUUUUCACCUAUAGGACCAUUAAUGAGCAAAUUUAUUAUUAAAUGUACAAAUUCAUCCAAGGGAGUAAAAGGGACUUGGUAAUGUUAAUUUCUAUCUUGAAGAUUAUGGCAUUUGAGGGCACAAGAAAACAGGACUAAUAAUAAACCUUUCAUCCUCUGCUUUUGUCACUGGACCAGUUUCACACUUUGGGACGUCAGAAUGGUUCUGUUGACUGAAGUCUUAGGAGAAUUUAUGGUUAUGCUUUACUAAAUGUGUGGAGUCAAGGGGAGAGAUGAAGAUAAGUCUGAAUGUUAAUGUAAGGACCAACCAGUCUUCCUAGGUUUAUCUGUGAUGUUUAUAUUACAUGUAGACAUAAGAAAAAGUUAGGAAUCAUGUUCUCAAAGUCAUAAUAAGCAUGUGUCAGUAUGAAAUGCUGGAAGGAAAGUUAUUCUCUUGUGGGAGAACAUGAUGGAUGCAUUUAUUUUUUUCCUAUCCUGAACUUUCUACAGUAAAACUUUUUAAUCAUUUCAUGUGGAUUUUUUAGUUUCUUCUUCUUUUACUUAUUUGAAUAUUUUCAGAUGCUACAGGUGAUGAAACUACCUGUAAAAACACAUGAUCAGCUAUGGUCUGGUUUCUUUAGGAAUUAAAUUCUUUUUCCUCUUAAAAAACGAAAUCAAAAACCACAUCAGCAUCUUUUUGUAUUUAGGAAGGCAGGAUUUAAACAGUACUGAGAGACAAGAAAAAAAUCCAGGAAACAAGUUGGAAUAAUUUGUACAUGAUAAUAAGCUUAACUGUGCCAGGCAGGGAUUAUUUCACAUGUGGAUUUUUAAAAAGUUUUAUAUGUAAUUAAAAAAAAGUAAGAAAAACAUAUCUAAAUGAUGUCCUUUCAUAAUCUUGAUUUAGUUGUACAAAUGUCCAACAGACACCCAGAAAACAUAGUCAACAAUGUAUUUUAUUAUACAUCUUAGAUUUGUACAUUUCAUAUAUGCUUUUAAAGCUUCAAUUAACAGUUCAAUACAAAAUAAAAAAUAUAUAUAUAUGUAUAUAUAUAUAUAUAUAUGCAGCAGUGGUUCUCAGGCACAGAGUUUAGAAGGUUGGAGCAAGUCUUUUUUCCCGGCGUAUAGUGAAUAUUAUGAACCAUGAUAGUGGAAGGUUUCCUUCUGACCUAGCUGCCUUCUUGAUUGAAUUUUAUUAGAACAAACAGCUUUAAGACAUGUGAUAUUGCUAAAUGGAAACAAUGAGACUGAAAAUAUGUUUAUAACCUGUAUUUUCUUAAAGUCUUUAAGACCUAAAUGAUUACUUUUCUCCUAAUAGCGCUCCAAGAUCAUCCAAUGAAAAUAAUAUUGUCCAUAAACUAUUUGGAACAACUGCCUAAGAACCACUGCCUAUGGUUAUUCAAUGUCUUCAGGCCUCACAGGAUGAGGUAAUGGUAUGAUGGAUUUCUUCUCGGUGUCCCUGGAAAGUGCCUUCCUCAUAUCUGUUAGGAAGCAAAGUUUAAUGUGAACACCCAAGUAUCAAAACACUUCAUUCAUAUCAAACUUAAAAUGCACACUAGGUAAAGUUCCCAUAAAAGGUUUUGUCCCAUACUCCCACUUCCAAACUCUAAGAGAAAUGUAUUUAUAAAUGAGACUUCCAAUUAAAAAAUAUAUCAGAUGCUAACCAAACCCCACCCAGGAUUUAACUCAUCAUACACGUUUAUUCUUAUUAGUGAAAUACCAUACUCUCAAUAUUGUGAAAAAUAAUUUACAAAAACUGACCACUGGUUAGUUAAUGUAAGUUGACCACUAAUAAGUUCGUAAAGGUAGGUUAAAGGAGAUUUAAAUAUCAAAAUCUAAUGUGAUUACUUUUAAUAUAUUAAAAUAGUUAAAUAUUUCAACCUGGAGAGAAAAAAUUAACUGUUCUGGCUUCCUCUUGGAGUUACUGCUUUGGAAGGGAGCUUACCAUAAGCAUCCUCAUCGGGCUCCCCGUUGCUGGCUGAAUAGUACUCUAUGACCGUCCUAUACACACUGUAGCCCAACUGCUUGUACAUGUUGACUGCAACUUGGUUAGAUACUCUUACAAAGAGAUCAACAAAAAAUCCACCCUUUCUUUAAAAAAAAAAAAAAAAAAAAAAAGUUGGAAUGUGAGAAACCCUAGGAAGUAAUAAAUACAGGUUUUUUAAAACAACACUUGUUUUUACUUUGCUUUUACUAUUACUCAGUAAUAGGACUUUGCAGCUUGACAACUCUGUGGUACAAAAAGAUGACUGUUUUUGUAAAACAGUCAAAAGCUGUAAUACAUGUUAUCUUAAAAUUUUCUACAAUUUUGCUACUGGUUUUUAAAAAUUACUGUGUACUUUAUGUCACAGUAACUGUUAUGCUUGUUUUAUAAGAGAGUCACGGCACAUGGUGUUUUCUCUCACGUGCACAAAGGGGAGAUUAUUAAGCUAAGUAGCCCCAGCAGGAUGCUGGUCACAGCCCUGAAGCCCACCGGACUCUGGUAACAUGCGUUCACUCACUCAGCGGUCUCUGCAUCCUAACCCUUGUGACCAGACUAUUAUCUGUUUUCUGUUGUAGAUUUACCAUCUAUUAUAGUUUAGUUCUUUCAGUUUGUUGACUAUAUGUUAUGGAAUCAGACUUUAUGCAUUCCUUUGUGAUUCGCUUCAGUUAGCACUGUGGGCCCACCUCGUGAGUAGCUGGAGCUUGUUCACCUUCAUGUGUUAAGCAUUCCACCAUAUGAAUGUACCACAAGCGAUCCAUGAUCCUACUGAUAAGCAAUUCCAGUUUGUACUAUUACGAUUUAUGCUGCUGGGGCUGGAUAUAUCUCAGUGGUAGAACCCUGCCUAGCACGUGUGUCAGGCACUGCGUUCAAUCCCCGGUAGUGCCAAAAAAGAAAAAAGAAAAAACAAAAUACAACCACCACCACCAUAAACUAUGCUACUAUGAAAACUUUUGUUGAC